AUUCUCUCUCAUCUCCCUUUUGUUUCCUCUCUCUGUAUCUAUAUCUAUAUGUAUACAUUUCUCUCUCUGUCCAAUAAGGAAAUAUACGUAUAAAACAACUGUGUGUAUACUCAAACUAACCAAAACUCCAAAGGUGAGUACAAUGUCAACUGCUGCAAGGAAGAGGCUGAUGAGGGAUUUUAAGAGGUUACAGCAGGACCCUCCUGCAGGCGUUAGUGGAGCACCCGAAGACAAUAAUAUAAUGGCAUGGAAUGCUGUGAUAUUUGGGCCGGAUGAUACUCCAUGGGAUGGAGGUACAUUCAAAUUGGUGCUAAGUUUCUCAGAAGAUUAUCCAAAUAAGCCACCAGUUAUUCGGUUUGUUUCUCGUAUGUUUCAUCCAAACAUUUAUGCUGAUGGAAGCAUCUGCUUGGAUAUUUUACAAAAUCAGUGGAGUCCUAUCUAUGAUGUUGCUGCUAUUCUUACUUCUGUCCAGUCGUUGCUCAGUGACCCAAACCCAAACUCCCCUGCCAAUUCAGAAGCUGCACGGAUGUUUAGUGAAGCGAAACGUGAUUACAACAGGAGAGUACGAGAGGUAGUUGAACAAAGCUGGACAGCUGACUAAACAAGUAUCAUGCUGGAACAUCCUUUCCUGCCCGGUUUGAGUGAGUUUUAGCUCCAGAUACUUUACAAAACCUCAUUUGCUUGCAUUACUUUCUGAUUGAAUUUGUGUACUCCAUGUUCAAAACUCUCUCCACAUGCCUGCCUCGGUUGUUUGCAUUGUUUAACAAUGGAUUAGGAACUUAGCAGCAGAUUUGUGUUGUAUGUAUGUGUCUGUAUUUGGAUUGGACCAGAUAACUUUCUGAAACAUGGCUUUGACAUUUUUUGUUUUGUUUUUGGUCGAGUACAUAAGAAAUUAUCGCUUUUGUAAUUUCCACGUUUUGGUAUAGAAGUGUGGUUCUUUUUGUA